CGCGGUCGUCCUCCCAGGCCCCCGCGCCAUGUGGAGGAGCUGCCUCCGGCUGCGGGGCGGGGGUCGCCAUCUCCUGACCUGCCCCCGGGGUGGUCUCAGCGCCUCCGAGGGGCUGGGGCCAAAACCCCCGGCCCACACCCGGGCCUACGUGCCCCCGGCAGAAAGGAAGAGGUUCUAUCAGAAUGUCAGCAUCACGCAGGGGGAAGGCGGCUUUGAGAUCAAUCUGGACCACAGGAAGCUGAGGACUCCCCAGGCCAAGCUCUUCACCGUCCCCAGCGAGGCCCUGGCCGUCGCCGUGGCCACUGAGUGGGACUGCCAGCAGGACACCAUCAAGACGUACACCAUGCACCUGACCACACUGUGCAACACGUCUCUAGACAACCCGACCCAACGAGACAAGGACCAGCUCAUCAGGGCAGCCACAAAGUUUCUGGACACUGACACCGUCUGGCUGGUGGCCUCUGCAGCUCUCUCAGGCUCCAGGACCCAGGGGGUCGCGUCCGGCCACCGCACGUUCUCCCGUAGGCCGCCUGCUCAUCACUUGUCCGCUGGGUCACGGAUGGCCCGACCUUGGCAUCCAGCGGCUGGCCUCCUCGUCUGCAUCCUCCCCGCACCCGGGUUCUUCAGCGGCUACAGGGUGGAAGAACCAGAGACACUGGUGGAGCUGCAGAGGAACGAGUGGGACCCGGUCAUAGGCUGGGCCGAGAGGAGAUACGGCGUGAAGAUCGGCUCCUCCACCAGCAUCAUGGGGCCCAGCAUCCCAGCCCGGACUCGGGAGGUGCUGGUCAGCCACCUGGCCUCCUACAACAUGUGGGCCCUACAAGGGAUUGAGUUCGUGGUGAGCCAGCUCAAGUCCCUGGUGCUGACCUUGGGCCUGAUCGACUUGCACCUGACGGUGGAGCAGGCCGUGCUGCUGUCGCGCCUGGAGGAGGCGUUCCAGAUCCAGAAGUGGGGCAGCGUCGAGUGGGCCCACGACUACGAGCUGCGGGACCUGCAGGCGCGUACGGCCGCUGGCGCCCUCUUCGUGCACCUCUGCUCCGAGAGCUCGGCCGUCAAGCACAAGCUGCUGUAGGGGAGACGCGGGUUCGAGCCCUGGUCCGGGAAGAUCCCACAACUACUGAGCCCGCGUGCCACAACUACUGAGCCCUCGCGCCUAGAGCCCAUGCUCCGCAGCAAGAGAAGCCACGGCAAUGAGAAGCCCACGCACCGCAACAAAGAGUAGCCCCUGUUCGCUGCAACGAGAGGAAGCCCGCGCACAGCAACGAAGACCCAACGCGGCCAAAAAUAAAUAUAAAUUUUA